UCUUAAUACCGCCUCUUCGACCGAGAAAGGCGUUCAUUACCAGACGCUCGAUCUGUUUGUGCGCUCUAUUUGUGUUUCAUUAUCUGUAAUUUCUGUCCCAGUGUUACCAUUGCAGCGUAAUACAUACUAAACAACAAUGAGUGACGCCGAUAAGGAAUUCGUGGAGCGGGAGUCCCGUUCGACCUCUAGGAGCCCAAGUCCUAGAGGAUCUGCUAAGUCAGCCAGUCGCUCGCCGGAACGCUCACCUGCUCGGUCGAAAGAGGGGUCCCACCACUCUCGCUCGAAAUCCCGCUCUCGCUCCAGGUCCAAGACUCGGUCCCGUUCCCAUCGGAGUUCUCGCCGACACUACAGUCGUUCCUGUUCACGCUCUCAUUCUCGCCGGAGACGUUCACGCAGCCGCUCAUACAGCAGUGAAUACCGUCGCCACCGCAGUCAUAGUCAUUCUCCUAUGUCCAACCGUAGACGUCACGUUGGAGACCGGGCAAACCCAGACCCAAACAGCUGCCUGGGAGUGUUUGGUCUGAGCCUGUACACCACCGAGAGAGACCUGAGGGAGGUAUUCUCUAAGUUUGGCCCUCUGAGUGAUGUCAGCAUUGUGUAUGACCAGCAGUCUCGACGCUCCAGGGGUUUUGCCUUUGUCUACUUUGAGAACAGAGAAGAUUCAAAAGAGUUAAUGGUCUUGAUCAGUGUUGUUGGCGGAGGCCCGAGUGUUAGCCGUCGCCGUGAUUACUAUGAACGAGGCUAUGAGCGUGGAUAUGAUCGCUAUGAUGACCGUGACUACUACAACAGCAGGUCAUACAGGAGAAGAUCCCCCUCUCCCUACUAUGGCCGAGGACCGUACAGGUCAAGAUCACGCUCUCGCUCCUACUCCCCUCGUCAUUACUGAAGUGAAGUUUGACUCCUCUCGCCAUCCCUGAAGAUGAUGUUGAUGACAUUCUUGUUGACGUAGAUGUUUAUUUCUGGUGGCAUGAGUUUGGAUGUACUUUAAACUCGAUCCCUUUGAUUUUUUUUUGCAAAAGGUUUCACAUGUCUUUGACUGAUCUGGAUAUUUCAGUAGUUUGAAUAUUUGUGCACCGUUUUUUUUUUUUUGUCGAUCUGAUGCUGAACUUGCAUUUAUUUUAUUUGAUAAAGUGUCCUGCUCACACCCUAUUAUGUUUUUAUGCGUUUUAAGCUUAGUUUAAGCCUAGUUUAAGCUUGCAAUAAACUGCUUUAUACCUCCCACCUGA